AACUUAUUUAUAAUUUGACAUUACUUUGGGAUAAGGAGAUUUCAUUAGACAGUGCCACGUACCUUGGAGCAGAACUCCAGGGUCCAGGCUCCUCUUUACGACGCAACUAAAUUCCUUCCACGUGACACGACCUCGUUUGCACAUUUCACCUACCGCCUCAACCUUUGACUCGCUGUUCUACUCUCUCUCUCUUAUCUUAUUGCUCCUCUGUUUUCAUUUUUCCCCCAUAAUAAUUAAUAAAUAAACCCCAAAAAACUCAUACCAAUCAACACGCCUCUCUCUCUCUCUCUCUCUCUCUCUCUCUCUCUCUCAGAAUUCUUCUUCUGUAAUGGCUUCCGGCAAUGCUGAAAUCCUCAAUGAUUUUCCACCUUUCUUCAAAGUUUACAAAGAUGGCCGCAUAGAGAGGUACAUGGUUAUGGACCCCGUCCCCCCCGGCACCGACCCCAAAACCGGCAUCCACACCAAGGACGUCGCCGUCUCAUCCGACGUCUCCGCCCGGAUCUUCUUACCCAAAAUCGACGAACCCGAUCAGAAGUUGCCGGUCCUCGUCCACUACCACGGCGGAGGUUUCUGCGUCGGCUCCGCCUUCGACGUCGUUUCUCACAAAUUGCUCACCUAUCUGGCCACCCAGGCCCAUGUCCUCGCUAUCUCCGUCGACUACAGGCUGGCGCCGGAGAACCCUCUCCCGAUUGCAUACGACGACUCGUGGGCCGCGCUGCAGUGGAUUGCUGCCCACUCCGACGGGCGAGGACCCGAACCGUGGCUCAACGAGCACGCGGACCUCGGGCGGGUAUUCUUGAUGGGGGAGAGCGCCGGGGCCAACAUAGCUCACAGCGUGGCGGUGCGAGCCGGCGUGGAGGGAUUGGGUGGUGCGAAGAUAAUCGGGGCCCUGAUGGUGCACCCGUUCUUUGGGGGGAAAGAGCCGGAUAAGAUGUACCAGAUUUUGUGCCCGACGAGUUCGGGUGGGGAGGAGGACCCGAGGUUGAACCCGGGAGCGGAUCCGAACUUGGGGAGGAUGGGGUGCGAGAGGGUGAAGGUGUACGUGGCGGAGAAGGAUGGACUGAUAGAAAGAGGAGUGGGAUAUUGUGAGACGGUGGGGAAGAGCGCGUGGCGGGGGCGGGUGGAGUUGGUGGAAACAAAAGGGCAGGAUCAUUGCUUUCACUUGUUCAAUCCCCACAGCCACCCAGAUGUUGCCACGUUGCUGGCAAGCUUGGUUGAUUUUAUAUCCCAUCCCCAUCCCCAUCCCCAGGGAUAAAAUGCAUUUGAAGUAACGUCGUUUAAUUUUAAGAGGUGCAUGGAGUUGGAUUGGAGACAUAUUUAUUAUAUAUAAUAGUGUUGUUGGGUUGGUUGGUUCUAUUUUCUAAUCAAAAGAUCAGCGUGUCAUGCUGAGGGCUCGUUGGUCACAUCACUCUUAUUUAGGCCUCCAAAUUUAUAUGUUUCACGGUGCCCAAUGCGUGGAAAGAAAAUUUCUCUAUUUUCAGUCCUAUAUUUUAUUUUAUUUUGUAUAAUUAUUAUUUAAAUAUAUAGUAAAGUUAAUAA